AAUUGGGACGUGGAUGAGUCUCCGUUUCAAUGUAUGCGUGCAGCCGCUGCGGCUCAUUCACUGCAGGGUACCACAUAUUUAGCUACGAACGGAAGUGACCGAAAUAUUCUCCAUGAAUUGGACUACUACGGUCAGAGGAUAAGAUAUCCUUCUUAUUUAUACAACAACCGUGACUCUAUUCGAUCGAUUGUCACUCAACAGCUUGGCUUAAAUUCUCUAGCAGAAUGCGAUAUCACAGACCCUGGACAGUGGAUGUGUGGCAGAUUCAAUGUUUGCAUUCCACUUGAUAUUCAUGGCCAGGCCGGAAUAUCCCCGAAAAGAUUGGAAAUGCUGCCAAUCCCGGAAACUCUGAUGAGAAAAUACUUUGUAAAGCUGGGACUUACGCGUGGCUCCAGGCAAAUUGCCCGGAUAUUACGAUCCCAAAUUUAUGGAAUUGGACUGGCUUCAGGUACAGCUUUAACUGCUCUUGAUAACCUAAAUUUUAUUCCACGCUCAGUAGAGAAACUACGGCGACUAGUUCUAGGUUGGUUUGGCUGUGCUAUCCCUUCUCAAUAUGUUCAGAUCAAGUACAAAGGACCCAUUUCUUUAAGGACAGGAUAUAUUCCGAUUGAGUAUAUUGAGCCAUCUCGAGGCAAGAAGCUCUCCGAAUCAUGGGGAGAAGGUCGUCAUGGCCCCCGACUACGCAAAACUCUUUUUCGUGGCCUCUCUCGCACUCUUCUCGCGCUCGCCCGCACGCUACUACCCAAAACUGGCUCCUUUAUCUUAGAUGAGAAAGAUUGUGUGAAGUUAGAAAAUCGGCCGCUCACCCUUCAGCUCCAGCAGCUAGAAAAUGAGCAAAUACCUGUCGAUAUUCCAAGGAAUACCACUUACACAUCUGCUGAUUCCUACAUCCAUGAUAUUAUAUCCUUUCACGACAGCCGUCUAUGCCAUAAACCAAACUCAAUAAACCAUCUUGAGGAUGGAUUUUAUCAAACAUCAGCUUUGAUGGUCAUGCGGAGUAUUUGUGACCAAGCAACCGACUCGAUCAGUUCAGAAAAGUACGGAGCUCUUCACAAAGAGUUCAUAGAGGAAGAAUCAAAAGAAAUAACGAUUUCCUCGCCCAAACCUCAUUCUGAUCGCGGAACAUUCUGGUACUCUCUCGCAUUGAACAGCCCUACAGCGCUUUUCAGUAUUUUCUACGAUCAUAUCCAACCACAAUUUUCUAACAGCCAUGGUGACUCAAACUUUUGGAUAAUCACUAUGCCUUAUUAG